CAUGAAGCUCACCACCCUGCUCGCCCUGGCGCUUGUGCCUGCCGUGCACGCCUACUCGAACCGCGUGUUCCUCAUCCGGCACGGAGAGAAGCCGGCGGACGACUCGACGACCGGCCUGAGCAGCAAGGGCAUGAGCCGGGCACAGUGCCUGCGCAACGUGUUCACCAAGGCGAACGGCUACGACAUCGGCUACAUCAUCACGCAGGACUACAAGAAGUCCGGCGCCCGCAACCGCCCGUACCAGACGGUUCUGCCGCUCAGCCAAGACCUCGGACUCAAGAUCGACCACUCGUGCGACCGCGACGACACGGACUGCGCGACCUCGUCGAUCAAGAAGUUCGCAAGCAGCUCCGGCAAGGACGUGCUGCUCUGCUGGGAGCACGAUGCGCUCAGCGACAUCUCCAAGGCUCUCGGCGACGAAUUCGACUACCCCAGCAGCCACUUCGACUUGAUCUACGAGAGGCGUGCCAGGGCCUCGACAACCGAGGCAGAGGCGUCGCACACGAAAUGA